GAGCAUUUAGCACUCUCCACCAUGAAGGGAACAGUUCUGCUGGCCUUGCUGGUGAGUAGAGAGCUGGGCUUCCUGACAAAGGAAACAUGCUUACCUUUCCUCAGUGUCUAUUUGGGUGUCGUCUCUGGAUACAGGUUUUGGUUACGUAAGGAACUUGCUACAUUCCAUCCUACUGUUGAGGAAAAAAAAAAGGCUUUUGAAAAAAUCCAGGACUGCUAUGAGGAGGCAGGACUAAAAACCAAAACUCAAGACAUGAAAUUUAUGGCAGCUAUACUCUUCAGCCCAGAAUGCAAGUCAUAUUAUACCAAAGAAGUCUUGAUAAAUAUUCUGGAUAAAUUUUCUAAGAAAUGAACCCAUUAGAAGUUAAUGGGUUAUAGGCAACCUAUCUUUGCAAUGUGUCUGAUCCAAGUCCCAUCUUGCUGACCUGUCAUCUUACUUUCCUUAAGUUGGAUUUCUGACACCUGUGCCUUCAUCCUUUAGUCUCUUAGGCUGAUUCUAAUAAAUGCCUGCAGCUCUGUUCAGUGCC